AAAGCUACAGUAUCUACAAUGCUGUUUAUUCUGUGGCUCAUGCUUUGCAGGAUCUAUACAUGUUGAGGUUCAAUAGGAAGACAACUACGAUGCGUAAAAAAACUGAUCUUCCAAAUCUGCAGGCUUGGCAGCUCCAUUCAUUUCUUCAAGGCAUUUCUUUUAACAAUUCAGCUGGGGAGAGAGUGUUCCUGAAUGAGAAAGGGGAAGCAACAGGUGGAUUUGACAUCACCAACUUGAUCACUUUUCCAAACAGAUCCUUUCAGAGAGUCAAAGUUGGAAAGAUGGAUCUCAAGGCACCAAAGGGGAAAGAAUUACUCAUUGAUGAAGAUGUGAUUGUCUGGCACAUAGUUUUUAACCAGGUUCUCCCACUUUCCAGAUGUAAUGACCCUUGUUUCCCUGGAUCCUGGAAGAAAAGGAUUGAGGGAAAUCAAUUCUGCUGCUUUGACUGUGUUCCAUGCCCAGAAGGGAAGAUUUCAAACCAAAAUGAUAUGGAUGACUGUUUUGAAUGUUCAGAAGAUCAUUAUCCAAAUGAAGAAAACAAUGGAUGUAUCCUGAAACCGGUGGUGUUCCUAACUUUUGAAGAAACCUUAGGAAUUGGUUUGGCCUCAGUUGCUCUUUGUUUCUUAUUCUUGACAGCUUGGGUACUUGGAACUUUUAUACAGCACAGGGAUACUCCCAUUGUCAAAGCCAACAACCGGUCCCUCACCUACACCUUGCUUGUCUCUCUUCAGCUCUGUUUUCUCUCCCCUUUCCUCUUCCUCAGCCAACCUGGCAAGGUGACCUGCCUUCUCAGACAAUCAAUGUUUGGUGUCACUUUCUCAGUGGCCAUUUCUAAUGUACUGGCCAAAACCAUCACUGUGGUUGUGGCAUUCAAGGCCACUAAACCAGGAUCUCAGAUGAGGAGAUGGGUGGGGAAAAGAUUGGCUCUUUCUACUGUCCUUUCCUGCUCUCUCUUACAAGUAUGUAUUUGUAUUCUUUGGUUGUCAACAUCUCCCCCAUUCCCUGAAUUGGACAUGCACUCAGAGUUCCAAGAAAUGAUUUUACAAUGCAAUGAGGGUUCAGCUUUCUUCUUCUAUUGUGUCUUGGGCUACAUGGGUAUCUUGGCCAUUGCCAGCUUUAUUGUGGCUUUCCUUGCCCGUAAAUUACCCGACAGCUUUAAUGAAGCCAAAUUCAUCACCUUUAGCAUGUUAGCCUUUUGCAGUGUGUGGAUCUCCUUCUUUCCAGCCUACCUGAGCACAAAAGGAAAAGCCAUGGUAGUUGUGGAGGUCUUCUCCAUCUUGUCCUCCAGUGCUGCUUUACUGGGAUGCAUAUUCCUGCCAAAGUGCUUCGUCAUUGUUUUCAGGCCUGAUCUAAACCAAAGGGAACAACUGACAAAGAGAAAUUAGUACCCCAUGUGAUCUUCCUUGAUCGAAGAAAUUGUUGAGAAAAAAAAGAAGAGAAAGAUUGCUUGUUGUCUACAGGGAGUAUAAAAAAAUUCUUUCAAAAGAGGAUUUAUGGACGAUUAUUCUUAACACUGAUGUUUAUUAUAGUUGCCGAUUCCAAGAGAAGUACUUGGGUGCUUCAUUUUCAACCAUUUCCCAGGUUGUUGAAUAUAACACUUUGUCCCUUUCAACACUCUAUUUCAGCAGUGUCAAACUUGAUUUCA